CGACCUUCCUUGCAAGAACUGGACCACUGAACAGCUAUCAUGAAGAUUGUGGUCCUAGCGGCCCUUAUUGCGGCCGUAUCAUCGGGCCGUCUUGUACCCGAACCCAGCGCAGACCCCGCCCAACCACAAGGACCCUGGCAAGUUGGAAAAUUAUACAAGUAUGAUGUCGAAUCCCACACCCUCGCUUAUAUGCCUGAAAGUGCAAGCACUGGCGGAUCAUACCGAGCACGCUUCAUCAUACGAGCCAAGCCCGCUGGAAAACUAGAGGCUAAGCUCGAAAACCCAGAACAUGCUCUGGUUCACCAACAAUUGAAAUGGCACGAACCCUUGCCAGAGGAACUCAACUACCAACCGGUCCUCAACUUGGACAAGCCCUUCGAAAUCAACGUCGAUGGCGGCAGAGUUGUUUCUCUCAGCCUCCCCUCGGGCCUGACUCUUGCAUACGAAAACUUGCUGAAAGGUCUUAUUGGAGCACUUCAAGUUGAUCUAUCUACCUAUCGCAACAUUCACUCGUCGUACGACACCUUCGACAAUGAGAACAAGCAAGGCCAGUUCAGAAAGAUGGAAACUGACGUCACUGGUGAUUGCGAAACUUUAUACGUUGUUUCGCCAGUUGCUUCUGAAUGGAGACGCGAGCUCCCCAUGUUUGCGAAGAAUGAAGACCCCAUUGAAGUAACCAAGAGCAAGAGCUACGGUCACUGCCGCCACCGCGUGGACUACCACUAUGGUGUUCCUGAGGGAGCAGAAUGGACUGGUACCGCGCAUUCCACUAAGGAAGACCAACUUAUCAAACGAGCUACUGUUUCCCGUUACCUCAUUGGCAAGAACGGUCCCAUUUAUAAAGCUGAAACAACAAGCACAGUUAACGUCAACCCACAUAUGUACGGUAAACAACAAGCCGAAGUACACAGCAAGAUCAGCGUGCAAUUAGUUGGAUGGGAAGAUGACAAUCAACCCGAAUGGGAAAAACCUGAAGGUGGUCGGGAAAUUAUGAAUUUGUUGUAUUCUUUAACUCCAAAGCAAGUAGCCAUUGACGACACAUCAUCUUCGUCAGAAUCUAGGGAGAGCUCAGAAUCACGCGUUGAACAGUCCUCAAGAGUGCGCCGUUCCGCAAAACCCAAAAAUUCCGUCGUCGCUAUUAACAAAAUAAUUAUUAAAAAGCGCAGUGAAGAAGAUUCGAGCUCCCAAAGUUCAAGCUCUAGCGACUCAGACUCAUCUUUUGUCAAUGACGAUGUUCCCAAAGUUAAUGAACCAGCUUACUCUGCCCUGUACAUGAAUCCUCAACCUCGUGGUGACAAGAAACAAAAUCCUAUGAAUGCACAAAAAUUAGUGCAAGAAAUGGCGCAACAAUUACAAAACCCCAAUAACAUGCCUAAAGCUGAUUUCUUAACUAAAUUCAAUAUUCUGGUCCGCCUUAUCUCUUCAAUGAGUUACGGUCAACUCACUCAAACGAGUCGCAGUAUUGAAAUCGGAAAAUCCAGUGAUGAUGUCAUGAAAGCAGAUAUGUGGAGAAUAUACCGCGACGCAGUAGCACAAUCCGGUACCCUGCCCGCUUUCCAAUUGAUAAGAACAUGGAUACAAGAGAAGAAAAUUGAAAGGGAAGAAGCGGCUGAAGUAGUUGCUGUAUUACCAAGGACUCUUCGUUACCCAACCAAGGAAGCUAUGAUACAAUUCUUCGACUUGGCUUUAAGCCCAGAAGUUAAAGACCAAAUGUUCCUUAACACUACAGCGCUGAUUGCCGCGAGCAAAUUUAUUCACAUGGGACAAGUUGAUAACAGAACUGCCCAUCAAUAUUACCCGACACAUAUGUAUGGACGUUUAUCAAACCGCCACGACCGCUUUGUCUUAGACACUAUUCUACCCCGUCUUAGCGCGGAACUUAAAACAGCGAUAGAACAAGAAGAUAGCCACAAGGCACAAGUCUUCAUUAAGUCUAUUGGAAUCUUAGGUCACCGUGAAAUAUUAAAUGUGUUCGCACCUUAUUUGGAAGGCAAAGUUCCAGCUUCUACAUUCCUUAGGACACAGAUGGUUGAUUCUUUGAGAUAUUUGGCAAGGGAGAAGGACCGAUACGUCCGAGCGGCACUCUAUAGCAUUCUUAGAAAUACAGCCGAACCUUAUGAAGUUAGGGUAGCCGCCGUUCAAAAUAUUUUCAUGACUCAUCCCACAAGCGCAAUGUGGCAAGCUAUGGCUGAAAUGACCAAGAACGAUCCUAGUGUAGAAGUUCGAGCUGUGAUUAAAUCAGGAAUUGAAUACGCUGCAGAAUUACGCCACCCUAGAUACUUUGAACUUGCUAGAUCUGCUCAAGCUGUCAAGGAUAUGGUUACAAGCGAAGAAUUCGGUGCUGAAUAUUCAACAAAGGCAAUGAGAUCAUACGACAGAGACGAUGAUGUCGGCGUUUUGGGCGUUUGGUCCAGCAUUGGCGGAGACGACAGCUUACUGCCUAAAUCUUCUAGAUAUUCAUGGAAUAGUAGAAUAAGCGGAUGGUUCAAGGAAUCAACAAUCUCCACUACAUGGUCAAGUUGGCAACCAUUCAUUAACUUCUAUCGCGAGUUUAUUAACAAGGUAACACGUCAAACAAAGUCUCAGGCGUCGCAUAAAUAUUCUGCUGAUAAAAUCUACAACAUGUUCAACAAUAAAUAUGAGAACGAGAAACGACAACCUGCAGAAGCUUCAUUUUAUCUAGAUUUAAUGAACCAGCAAAGAUUAUUUGCGCUUAGCGAAGAAGACAUUAAACAGUGGCCACAACAGUGGAAGAACCUCCUUAUGGAUUUCAGCAACGGUAUGGAAGGGCAUUACACUAAAGUCUUAAACAAGAACCAAGUAUCAAUAAUGUUCCCUCUUGCUUCUGGUAUGCCUUUCAUCUUCAAAUAUAAACAGCCAACAGUUAUUCAUGUUCAAACAAAAACAAAUCGCCUGGCUAGUUUCCUUAACAACGGAGACUUCAACAACAAAAUGGACCAUGAAAUUAUCCUCACAUACGCAGAAAACCACGACGGUAGCGUCGGUUUCUUAGACACGAUUUCCAACCAAUGGGCUGGUGUCGGUGUUGUAGGAAAGAUUCAAGUGAACUUACCAUUCAAAAUACAAUAUGAAAUGAAAUCAGGAGAAUUCAAAUUUAUCGUAUCACCACUUUUACCUGACCAAGAUACAAAUGUUCUUCACUACAGUAUCUGGCCAUACAGCGCAAGCCAGAAGAAAGACUCGCUUGUUCCUAUUUCUCAAGAUCCAUCGACUAAACUGAUCAACCGAGACAGCAAAACAAUCGCAGUAGAUUAUAAAUUUGGCCAACAGAUUGGUGUUCAAUUCCAGCUUAAUGGAUACUCAUAUUCAAACGAUUAUAGAAAUGUUAUCAACAUGUUCCUUAAGCGCGAUCCCCUAUCUUAUAUCGUGGCACCUUUCAACCAAGUUGAUCUUGCCCAAACUCACUUUAACUUGCGCUAUUUAGGAAAGCAAUCUAAAUCCAAGAGUAUGACAAUAACAGCAGCUGUUGACACUGUGUACAAUCAAAAGGUGGAGGGACAAUUACCAGCUGUUGCCGCUGACAUUUCGGAUACAACACCAAAUAGCCCUGCUAGACGAGACGCAAUUCUUAAACAAAUCGUCGCUGGCAUUAAUAAGGCACGUGCUUACGUUUUGGACCUCAGUGCAUCCUUCGAUGGCGCGCAAAAAUUGGAAUAUGUAAUGACAUCUGCUAUUAGCAGCAGCGAGGUUGAUCCUAAAGUACACUUCGCCGUAUUCGCUGGCCGAAACUCCGAACAAUUCGGCAACUGGCAAAUAAACACGGUCGGAAAAUUGAACAGACCGAUUUCAACCACCUUCAAUUACGCUGAAGCCCUUAAGCAGGAGUUCAAGAUGCCUUUUGAAGUUGACAUUCGUUACGGACCUAAAGAAAAUAUUCAUAUCCAGGCCACCGCUGAACGAUCUGCAAAAUACUUGGAAGAGCUGCAAAGAUAUUAUCUUUCACAACAGUGCCUUGAAGAAAUUGCGAGCAACAACUAUUACCAACCAGCUUGCCACGAGAUGCUUAUAAGGGCGCAAACUCCAGAUACCUACAGAUUCUCGGUAUCUUACAAUGUCAACCCAACAGUCAGAAAUGCCGCUUACCAAGUAUACAGGAUCGUCAAGAGUUUAGCACUCUGGCAAGUUGAAGACAACCCUCUGAAGCCAUCACCGGAGGGAAAACUUGAAUUAAUGUUCGAUCUUUCGUACCUGACCAAAACAAUGAACAUGGGUGUAAAUUCUCGGUAUGGAGAGCUGAGAAUUAAGAACAUCGCUCUCCCCUGGGCUACUUACCCUGUCUUAUCUGCCUACGGACCAAUGACACCCCUUGAAACGACUCUUAACCACUUUACCAAGAACCAAUACCAACCUUACUGCUCCGUGGAUGGUUCAAGGGUGAGAACCUUCAGCAACCGCAGAUACAACUACAGCGUAUCCCGCAGCUGGCACGUGGUCUACUCGAGCAAGGCUGAUAACUACGACGAUUACGUCGUCUUAGUGCGCAGACCAACCCCGAAGUCACAAGAAGUGUACAUUUCUUACAGGGCACAAAAUGGCAACGAUUUGGAGAUUGAAAUCAAACCAAGUGCUGAAGGAUCCAGUAACUACAACGUUGAAGUAGCAACAAACAGCAAGAAGGUAUCGGAAGGCGACUUCACCACUUACUGGGACGAAAAAGAUGCUUCUCCACUUCUCGAAUACUUCGUACAACACGACGGAGUUCUUAUGAUCUAUGUUAAACGCGACCGUCUUAGGAUCAUGUACGAUGCUCAGAGACUCGUAGUUCUGCCGACAGAAGGCCGUGGAAACAGCAGAGGCAUCUGUGGAUUUAUGACCGGCGACCCUCGCGAUGACUACAUGACUCCUUACGGUCUUGUCGACACACCCGAGCAUUUUGCGGCUUCGUACGCUUUGAAUGAUGAAAACAGCGAGCCAAAGACCCAGCAAUGGCAGGCACAAGCUAAACAAAGGGCGUACUGGCCACAGAAUCGAUACACCUCAAUCUUACGGUCUGAUGCGAGCUGGCAAUCAGCUAUGCAAUCUGAUGCCUCCGAAGAUAAAUGGGACGACAGCAAUGUGUACGUAUCCAGAAGCUAUUUGAAGAAGAAGGGAGCAUGCAAGGUGCAAAAACAAGUCCAGUAUUACGAAAACUACGCGGAGAUUUGCAUCACAACUAAACCUAUGCCAGCUUGCCAAUCCAACUGUAAUGCUGAAGGUUUCAAAAUCCAAGCAGCUCAAGUAGUAUGCAGACCGAAAUUAGACCAACAAUUCAUCACAUACAGGGACCAGAUUAGAUUAGGACAGAACCCUAAGGUAUCUGGUGUACCUCAAGCAAGACAAUACAGAGUGCCCUCCACCUGUACUGUACAAGCUUAAACUAGACAGAUAGAUCAUAGAAAUGGACAAAG